AUGGAAAGUCCAGAUGAAUUCACCUUCUUCUAUAAAAAGAACGAAGGCACAGGCCCAUAUGUCUUCGGCUUGGGUUUAACAAGCUGUUUGUGCAGCAAAGAGAUAUACGUCAUGGAACGUGAGCGUUACAAUGGUUUGUCAUUUGCCAUACUAAUUAUUUUCGCUGUGAAGAAAUUGGAGCCAAAAUUUGCUAAAUAUGCAGAUGCAGAAGUUGAUAAAGAAGAAGCGGAGUGGAAUGAACCAAGAAAGAGGAUUGGCCGGUGUCAUAUGGUUAGUUGGAUUGUCAGCAGUGUCCUUAAAUCAAUAACAUCUGAACAGGAGAAGCAAUAUCUAAGGAAGUGCAUUGCAUAUCUUAAAGCAUCGUCUGUGCAGCAGUAUGUAUUUACAGGAAAUUAA